AUUCAGAAAUGAAUGCGUGUGUACAAAGACAGAAUGCAUUUACGAUGGGUACUUCUAGUUAGGCCAAGUUCAGUCACUGCUGCUGGUCUGGACUAAAACGUUAUGGGCAGUAACAGUGGAGAACACCAUCAGAGACUGCCGUAGACGCACAGAGGCCUCCACGUUCUGGAUGGUGAGCAGCUUCGACCGCAGGUUGGAUCGGGCUUCAGAGUAAAGGUGAUGGCAUUUUAUCCGCUGCAAAUCACUGGACUGGUCCUUGGGUUCCUCGGCAUGGUUGGGACUCUUGCCACAACUCUUCUGCCUCAGUGGAGAAUAUCCGCUUUUAUUGGCAGCAACAUUAUUGUCUUUGAAAGGCUCUGGGAAGGGCUCUGGAUGAACUGCAUCCGACAAGCCAAGGUCAGGUUGCAGUGCAAGUUCUAUAGUUCUUUGCUGGCUCUCCCACCUGCCCUGGAGGCAGCCCGGGCCCUCAUGUGUGUGGCGGUGGCUCUCUCUCUGAUUGCUCUGAUUAUUGGCAUCUGUGGCAUGAAGAAGAUUCAGUGCACAGGCUCGAACGAGAGGGCCAAAGCAUAUCUUCUGGGGACUUCUGGAGUCCUCUUUAUCCUGACGGGCAUCUUUGUUCUGAUUCCGGUGUGCUGGACAGCCAACAUCAUCAUCAGAGAUUUCUACAACCCAGCCGUGCACGUAGGUCAGAAACGAGAGCUGGGAGCAGCACUUUUCCUCGGCUGGGCCAGUACUGCUGUCCUCUUCAUCGGAGGGGGUCUGCUCUGUGGGUACUGCUGUUGCAACAGAAAGAAGCAAGGGCACAGGCAUCCAGCCCCUGGGCGUUGUGUGUCACACACAGAUAAGCCACCACGGAAUGUGACAGUGCUUAACAGGGCCUCCACCAGUUACGUCUAAUACCUGCUUUCGGCUUAAAGUGUGGAUUAUGAUCAGUGUGUUUUAUAGAAUCCUGCCAGAAACUGUAAGUAAGCCAAGCAGGAGAACUUGCUUGAUGACUGCUUUCAAACUGAGAUGAAAUGUUUGAAGGACAUACAGAUUGUAGUCACCUGUGGUAGGAAUAGACAUGACUUGGGACAUUCUGACCUCAUGUGCAUUAAAUGCAUUUACUAUUACUGGACUCAAAUAAUCCUCUUUCCAAUUUGUGCAGUCUAAAAUCAAGUAUAACCAUAAUCCUUAGUAAAAUGGUAGACUAAUCUUUUCUCACAAUCAUAUAUUAUCUGUUAAGAAAUCCAGAUUCUAUUGCAGUUGAUAAUCUACAGCAAUAAAACAUAUUCUAAAGCAUAA